AUGCCAGCCGGCAUACGUUCCGCCCAUGGUUUCGACACGGCCCUGCUUGAGGCCCUCUUUUGGGAGUCGGGCAAGUGCAUCACCGUCGUGAACCUCUUGACGGGCCUGCGCCAUCAUCUCUCCAAGAGCGCCUCAGAUGAGCUCGACGAUCUCUGCAACCAGCUGCGCCGCCUGCGCAGGGCAAUGCUCGGCUUCGCCGACCUCUUUCCCCUGCACAAGGAGGCGAUUCACACCUGCCUCAACCAUCUUGAUAUAACUCUGCCAUCCGUCUCCAAGACACUCGACGAUAUCCAGCGCCACUGCCACGCUCAGUACUCCUUUGCUGACGGCGCCUGGGAUCGUCUCAUCAUGGACAUGACUACUGGCCGCCGGCGCAGGUUGGAGCUGUGGGAUCGCUUCGAGCUGUACACAGACUUCUUUGAGAACCUGUUCUCGGCCAUGAUACAAUACCCAAAAUUCGAUUGGAUAAAGGCAGAGGGACUUCGUGUUAAAAUACUCGAUCUCAGAGAAGAUCAGGGAAUGAAAAUCCCCAAGGAUCUUCCGACUGUCUUCGUCCCCUUCAAUCAGCUGCCAGCCGCCCGAGCACGAAGACGAUCCUUCGUUAACCACUGGGCUAUCGAUACUGUGGACCGCAAACCCAAGAUGAUGAGCCCCUUUAUUGAGAUCUGCAACUCCAAUUCAUUCGGACCGUAUACUCAGUGGAACCUGCUAGGAAUUCCAGAAAAGUCGAAGCUCAUUUUUCGAAGGAGUUUCAAUAACGAUCAACUCGCCCUCAUUGUCUUUAUCAACGACGUUGACAAACUGCCAUAUGCUGUUAUACGGACCACAUAUGAGAGUGGCCUUCCAUGGUACGAAUGCCGACCGCUCGGCAAGAUUCGCAUCAUGCGCAACGAGACCAAGAUACAUUUGAGCCGAUGGAGUUAUGGCCAAGACUGCUUCAUUCACUGGGGUGUCUUCCAUUUCCGGUUCUUCGAAGAGCUUGUUGUCACUCAAUGCACUCUACUCGCCCUGAAAGCCCACGCUAGUCUCUUGCCCGACGCUCUCAGCUACGACGAGUCUAUUUUUCGUGACGACUCGAAGAUAUGGGAAAAAGACAUCAUUGAUGGUGGCGUCCGACACAAGCUGGCCAUUUACCGGGAUAACCUGACGGCCACCAAGCGCCUUUAUGCGUGCGUUGCACGAGGCGAACGGCUCCAGGCAUACUGUCCGGCUUGGACCAUAUUCUUCACCGAUCGGAAAGCGAAGCCACAGCUGGAAUGUAUAGGUGACUUCAAGCUCAUCAUCUACAACGCGGUUCUUUACACCUUUGGCGACCGCUAUCUAACAGCAAGACACGACGCCCGACGCUUUGAAAUCAAUUUCAAGUACGAUCAGGACAAUCGGCAAUUGAAAUAUCUGCUCGACGAGUCUUUCAAAGCACUGCAGAGUCAACGUGAGUAA